ACUUAUUCUUGGAUCAGUUGGGACCGUCCAAGACAACAAAGUUGCACAUAGAUUAAGGAAAUGUUGAACUUUUUGUUAAACAAUGGAAACUCCUUGUCCUGUGUUGCCUAGUUUUACGUAACAAACUUCCAGGGAGUUGAUGAAACAUUCGGGAGAGUGACUACCGAAACAAUGGCUUAUGGUCUUCCCUUGAGAAACACAAACAAUAGAUAAGUUGUAAGGAACUUUAUUGGGACUCAAAUCGUUUGGAUAAGUAGGUAGCAAUGAACAUACCUUGAAAGCUUGUUCCACAGCUUGUUCUUUCCAGCACAGUUCUUCCGAAGUUGGCGAAGUCUAUCCCUUGCUUUGAAGCCCAAACCUUCAAGUUGAACAUAAAAUCCAACUCUAUUUAUUCUACCGAACCGAACCGAACCGAACCGAACAUCUGAAAUUGAUUGUAGCGAUGAACCGGAGUUUUUUUAACCGCAAAAAAAUGGCCUCACCAAUCGAGAAACCAGUCUCUUCUUCAGUUCUUCACUUGCCGGAGAAGAUGGAUUCGAUUUGUUGUUUCCGACCGAAUCAAUCCUGUCCUAGAAUUUCAGUUUUGCCUGCUUUCUGCAUAAGUAGUUUUUCCGCCGUCAAUCGUUUCCGUUCAACGACGAGUCUUCGAUUUCCGGCGGCGCCGUUUCGUCGGAUUCCAAACUCGUCCUUCGUGACUCACGCGAAGAAGAGUAAGAGGAAAACGAGUAUCGUUGAACCUAAUCCGAGUAUCGUUGAACCUAAUCCGAACAAAGUCGAAGAAUCUCUCUUUCAAGAUGAAGAAGAAGAAGAAGAUGAGCUAGUUCUUCCCGAAGAGAUUCAAGACGAGUUACUAACGGAUGGUGAAUACGACGAAGACGACGAUGACUUUGAAUUCGAUGAGAGCGAGGAGGAAGAACUCUAUGCUGGAGAUGGAGGUGGUGGAGGAGGCAUUAAACUUGCUGGAACGUUAUGGGACAAAGAAGCAUUGGCAUUAGCUGAGAGAGUAUGCGAGUCUUUUGAAGGUGAGUUAGGCAUUUAUGCCUUCAAGACUCUGCCUAAUUCAACCAUACAAGUGAGAAUCGAGCGGCUCACUAGCAAGUUUGGUUCCCCAACGAUGGAAGAUAUUGAAGCAUAUUCAACAAUAUACAGAGCAAAAUUGGCUGAAGCCGAACUCGCCAAGUCUAUACCGGACAAUAUCUCUCUAGAGGUUUUAUCUCCUGGUGUCGAAAGGGUGGUAAGAGUUCCGCAGGAUCUUGAUCGGUAUAAGGAUAGGCCCAUGUAUGUGAGGUACACUAACGAGGACAGUGAGACUGAAGGUGAUGGUAUUUUCAGGUUGGUUUCUUUCGAUGUGGAAACCAAAAGCUGUAUUUGGGGGAUAGCUGACAUUCGAGUAAACCGAGAAAAGGCAGGCAAAGGCAGACCUUUGAGCAAGAAGCAAAGAGAAUGGCGACUCGAUACGGCUUUCGAGUCACUAAGGUUAGUCCGUUUGCAUUCUGAAUGUUGAGAGAACACAGUCAUAAGGAAUUGUCUUUUAGUUUAUAUUAAAAUCUCAAUAGAAAGUCUAUUACAACGAUACGUAAUAGAUUAGACACGA